AAAAUAAAAUAGAAGAUAACAUAAGUUGUCCUGUUGUAAUGUCACAAAAUAUCUGAACUAAAAAUGUUGUACAAGGUCCUCCUACACUGCGAGUGGUGCUGUGUCGGACUUUUCUUUCCGUCUGUGGCGUUUUGGUUUUAGCUCCAUUUUAGAAAGCGUUGACGCAUUAGAACAUGACUGAGACCGUGUCAGUUCAAAUAUACCAUAUGCUCACCUCAAGAUGGGUUAUGUGUAGGCUAAUAACAGUUGGACACAGGUAAUAUGCGCACAUGAACUUGAUGCAUGCUGUAGAGAUUGACUGUUAAUACUGCGAACAUAGGCCUGCCUAUAGAAAAUAAAUGGGAUUUCUGUACAGCGCAGUCUGUCCGGUUGUAGACCACAAUUGUCACACUAUUAAAAUAACAUGUUUGGCUGCCUGCCGAAGGCGUUUCUCAGUCAACACGGGGUCUCGAAGGGAUGCAAACAGCUAAACGUGCGCUUUACUUAAAAUCAUACUGUGUCUUUUCUUUGAACAGACGGUGCUGCUGCAAGAGCAAAGUGAUUGUUAAAUGACUAAUUUUCAGAUGUGGUAAAAAAAAAAAAAAAAAGGUUUAAGGAAUCGUCGUUAUUCAGCACAGAAGAGAGGAUGCAGUCCUCCCUCUGACUGUCCUGAUCUGUGAGAGAUGGACAGAAACAGUCCAGGAGAGAUGAGAGGGGCAGCAGUCAACACCAGCACCACCACCAUCAGCACCACCUCAACGGCCACCAACCCAGCCAGGCCGUCCACCCCCGGCCGCACCCAGCCUCUGCCCCCAUCCCCCGCCGAUAGACAGGCUGUCCAGGUGAUCCAGCAGAUGGUCCAGCGGCCGCAGAGCACGGCAGCUCAGUAUCUGCAGCAGAUGUACGCAGCCCAGCAGCAGCACAUCUUACUUCAGACCGCAGCCCUGCAGCAGCAGCAUGUCCCUGUGUCACAGAGCCUGACCACCACACAACAGCCCUCCCAGUCGGUUAGCAGGCCAUCUUCCUCCUCUCCUCCAUCAACCAAUGGGAGUUUGCCACAGUCAGUCAGUGUAUCACAGACUUCGAUCACAUUGUCCACCACUCCACUGACAGCUCAGUCCAUUGGCCGCAUCCAAAGCACCUGUUCAACUCCUGCAGGUGGGACGAUAUCCCAGCAGGCCAUGCUCCUCGGGAAUGGCUCUCCUACUGGCAGCCAAGCCCAGAUGUACCUGCGCACCCAGAUGCUGAUUCUGGCUCCUGCUGCCACUGUGGCUGCUGUGCCGUCUGAUCUGCCAGCCAUUAGCCCCACAUCCUCCCAGCCCAUUUCCACACAGGUCCAGACUCUGGCUCUCCGCACUCACCUCCCUGGAGCCUUGGCUCAGGGUGUGCAGCUGAAGCCCUCCUUGCAGGGCCAGAUGGUAGCCCCCUCCUUGCCCAAGAUGUCCAUCAGCCCCCUGAAGUCCACCCAGCUGCCCCUAGCCUCCACGGAAAGCUCCGGAAGUGACCUAGGUCAGCUGUCAUCAGCCCAUCAACUCAUCGCCCCAUAUGGUCUCAAUGGUGUUGCAGCUUCCCUCUGCCCUGCUUUAGUGAAGCAUCAGCUGCACUGUCCUCUAGGCCCGCGAGGGCCCCAUCAGCUCAUCAUCCAGCAGAGCGCCAGCGCCCACAGGCAGGUGCAGCCCAUCGCCCUGCGGGUCACGCCACUGGAGCGACCCCCUCCCCUCUCCCUCCAGGCCCGGACCCUGCCUGUCCCCCUACCUCCAGCUCCGGCUGCCCAGUCACAGCUGGGUGACGUCUUACCUGCUGCCACUUCCACGUCUGAGCAGCCCCAGUCGGCGGCACUGGUGUCUCCUACCGGUAGCCUAGCCCAGGCUGUGCGCCCGCUACUGCAGCUGGGCCCAUUGGGAGCUUCCCACUAUUCCACUCAGAGCUGCGGUUCCACUACCGUUACCACCAACCUGCUCUCCGGCGCUCUGCCCUCUCCUCCGCCGGCCUCCCUGCAGAGGCUGUCCCUGCACUCGGUGCAGGUGCUGCCCGUGCAGUCGGGCCAGGUUCUGGUGUCCGAGGAGGAGCUCCCCGUGGCCGAGACGCUGGUCCAGCUGCCCUUCCAGAACCUGCCGCCACCACAGACCGUGGCCGUGGACCUGAAGAUGCAGUCAGUGUCUCAGACAGAAGCGCAAUCUACAGCACAGGGGCUAAAGAUAGAGCACAAAGGGGUGGGAGCAGAGAGAGAUGAAGAUCCUUCGGGUGUGCCGAGGAACUGGACCCAUACCCCACCCACUCUGUCCCCCUCAGCAGAUAUGGAGAGAGGCUGUGAAGAGGAUGCCCCGUCCCAGCCUGAACAGUGCACAGCUGGGUUGGACCCUCCCUGCGUGCCGUCCAGCCGAUCUGUGAUCCGGUCACCCGAGGAGCCCCCUCUCAUCACCAGCUUCCCCCCUCCCCUUCACCCUGCCGUGGUAAGAAGCACCAGCAAGCCCCCUGCUACCAGCCUGCCAGAGAGUCCUGAGGGCCAGCCCUCACAGGCGGUCGUUAAACCGCACAUCCUCACACACCUCAUUGAGGGCUUCGUCAUCCAUGAGGGGCUGGAACCGUUCCUGGUGAACCGCUCUUCACUGACAGAAGAUGAGCAGGCUGCGCUGCCGGAGAGCCAGGAGGUAACCACCAACGGAGAUCCAGAGCCCGACGACGGCCUGAUGGACGUGGAGGACCCCGAGAAUUCCUCUGACUCAGACAUGGACGACAUACCGGCUGAGGACGAGCACCUGGGGGACAGUCUGUCAGAUGUGCUGCAGUGUGAGUUCUGUGGGAAGAGGGGAUACACCCACAGCUUCCUCCGCUCCAAACGCUUCUGUUCCAUGACCUGCGUCAGGAGGUUCAAUGUGAGUUGUACCCGGCGUCUGGGCCUGCUGAGGGCGGGCAGGGCCGAUCGCUGGCCCCACAGGCCCAUGGGCAAGAGGGGAAGACCCCCCCGCCGUGCCGACGGCAUAUCCAGAGAGCACUUCCUCAGACAGCUGCCAGCCAGGCUGGAUGGGGAGGAGGAUGAUGAGGAUGAGCCCCCGGGUCCCAUGACGACCCGACUGCGUCGUCAGGCGGAGCGUGAGAGGGAACAGGAGCAUGAGCGUGAGCAGAGGAGGAGGAGGAGGGGGAGGGAAUCGUUCGAAUCUGACGGUCUCCCUGCGGCUCAGCCCAACCCCUCUCAGUGGACCGUGGAGCAAGUGUGCUCCUACAUCAACUCCAUACCAGGGUGUGCAGAGCUGGCCGAGGAGUUCCGCUCCCAGGAGAUCGAUGGGCAGGCCCUGCUGCUGCUGACCGAGGACCAUCUCGUUAGUGCCAUGAACAUCAAACUGGGGCCUGCGCUUAAAAUCUGUGCCCAGAUUAACACACUGAAGAGACCGUAAAGGCACACCGUUUCAAGAGGCCCCUGACAGUCCAUCACUUCAGCGUCGACUGUGCAUGACUACUGCUAUGUGACAUCCUGUGGGUGUUGUGCACACUGUCUAUACUGUCUAUGGGCUGUAUCCGGCUGUGCAGUUGUCAUGUUUCAUUGGCAGACAAUAUGAAGCAGACAUACAAUACUAGAGUUUCAUGAGGAAAUAUCAAGACUGCUCUUCUGCAUUCCUUCUGUAGCAAAACAACAAGAAAAACAAACUCUACUGACCUCUUCUUCUCUAUGAGAUGCAUACAUGUAACCUGUUCAGUUAUUAUGUGUUUUAAGGAUGAAUCUGUACAGUUGACGGUGUAUAAAUAUUUAUCAUACAAACAUUACUAGAGAAAAGUGUGUUUAGAGAACGUGAUUGUAUAAUGUAACAUUCCGAAGGAAAAUAGUGUGGAUGUCACAUUUUUAUGGAGAUUUUGAUAAAAUACUUGCACAAGAAAGACAUGUAACUUAAAAAAACCUGAUAUGAAUUAACAACUGUCGAUAAGAUCAUUACCAUUUCAGCAUUUCCAAGACUUCAACUGUUGUGUUUAACUAACAGGUAUGUUUACAUGAAAUAUUUCUGAUUAUGUUUUCUUUAAACAGACCAAUCCGCCAAGAGUAUACUUGCAUCAUUCCACAAGAUUUAUUACAAAGUGAACAAUGUUUUUAAAACAUGAGCUUUGCUCGUCUUUUCGUGCCUUGGGCACAGUGAACCCCCUUAGGCCCAAAGAGUUGAGUAUUAUUAUGUACACUGCAUUACAAUAUACACAACGCAACAAAAAACAUGCAACACAUCUGGAAAAGCGUUCAUCUACAGUACCCACAGGUAAUAUCAUCAAGGUGCAGUAAUUAGUUUUGUAGCCGAAAAAUAACAAAACAUACAAUGAUGAUGAUGAUGACACUCUGAACAUAUGAUAAAUAAAAGUGUUCCCCAAUAUUGGUGUGUACUUCACACACCUUAUUUAUGUUACACCCUAAUUUUGUGCAAUUGACAUGUCUGGGCCAGUUGGGAACUUUUAUCCUUAAGAUACUGUGGCAUGCAAACGUUUGGGCACCCCUGGUCACAGUAUUUGUUACUGUGAAUAGUAAAAGAUGACCUGAUUUUUCAAGUUAAAGAGGACACAUUUCUUUAAUAUUUAAGCAAGACUACCCUUUUCAUUUCCAUCUUUCACAGUUUCAAAAUAACAAAAAAGCAAAAGGGCCUGAAGCAAAGGUUUGGGUUCUUACUUAGUAACUUUUGGCAAUCACCACUCCAAAGUCUGCCAAAUCUUCUGCAGUCAAACAGGGUUUUGAUUUGCCUUUCUAGCAAACCUACGAGCAGUUCUCUCUAAAAGUUUUCUUACCUCAACUUGACCUCCACCGUUCCUGUUAACGGCCAUUUCUUAAAUCACAUUAUGAGGUGGAACCGAGGAAAUGGCUCCAUUAACACGCUGUCCGGUUAAGCUGUGUAGCCUUAUCCUGCUUUGUAGACAUCAAUUAUUUUAAUUCUGGGAGAGCUAGGCAGCUGUUUACAGGAGACCAUAGCUGCUGAUAUUUGGGACAAGGUUUGAAGAGUCGGGGUAUAAAGCUUUGAAAUGUUCAUCACCUGGCCUUUCCUAACGAUGGUUGUGAACAAGCCAUAGCCCUAACCUACAAGCUGAUUAAGGCUGGAGACCUUGGUAAAAGUUAACCAAGAGCUCCAAUAUCUUGGGGUGCCCAAACUUUGCAUGGUGCUCCUUUUUUUCCACAAAAAAAUUGUACACAACAAAAUACACCAGUCGGGCUUAAAAUUGUGUUUACUUCAUGCCUUCUUUUUCAUCUUCUACUCAACUGUUCACAGUUACAGAAAUGUUGACCAAGCGUGCCAAACACUUCUGCAUGCCACUGUUUAUGCCAUAACUAGGUAUAGAAGCAUUAUAGCUUUUUCACAACAAAUACCACUGACUGAACUCAAUGGCAAUUAGCUUGAAUAUUCAAUACCACAACAUAAUUAAAUAAAACUUUAAAUACUU